ACAAUUGGCAGAAAGGUGAUUCAUACGGUUGACAGACUCGGAAUGGAUCACGCCAAAGAAUUGCUGCAUUCACACGAUCGUCUUAUCGAUGAACCGGCUGUCUUGUUGAGAAAGCCUGACACAGCAUUACCGCCAUCCACAAGAGGACGGGUAUUGUAA